AUGGAAAGCUCGGAAGGGUCUGGUUUUAGGGAAGACCUGUCUUGAGUUGGUGCGAAGGCCGCAAGUGCAUAUCUCGCUGCGAAUUAUAGAAGGCAAGGUUUAUAGACGACAAUCAGGACUUUGCUCAGAGAAAGCAUUCUGUAGCUAUGCAACUCUUCGUGCAGGGCGGCGGUGCGCACGUUGUCGCUCUGACAUGUACACCCAGCGACCUCAUAGGCAGCUUAAAGGUGGCGGCGCUGGGUCCUGACGCCAGCGCUGGCAUCAGGCUGGCACACGGAGGUGUGCACUUGCGCGAGGAGAAUCGGGUUGAGGAUUAUCCCAUCAGGAACUAUGCAACCCUACAGGUGCAGGUUCCAUUCAGGGGGGGAGGGGGAGACGGGGGCGCCACGGGAGCAGAGUCGCGUUCUUGUUACCUGGAGAUGUACAUGGACAAAAAGCCGGAUAAGGUUGACCCGAACGAGGCGCGGGUUGCAAAGUGGACGCGGUGUAGGUUGUCGGGGGAAUUGUUGAACGCGCCGUGUGCAAUGGACAUGCUUGGGAACCUGUAUAAUAAGGAGGCAGUGGUUCAUCACUUGGUGCUGAAGAAGAUCCCAGCUUCUCUAAGCCACAUCAAGAGCCUGAAGGACAUCUUCGAGAUCCACCUGACAGAAAACCCCGCCGCCGAUCAAAAGAGCGAAAGCGCAACCAACCGGUUCCAGUGCCCGAUCACUGGGCAAGAGUUCAACGGCCUGAACCGCUUCUACGCACUCAAGUCGUGCGGCCAUGUGCUGAGCGCCAGGGCUUUCAAGGAAGUGAAGUCGACGACGUGUCUGGUUUGUCAUAAGGGGUUCGUGGAGGAAGACAAGGUGGUGAUCAACGGGACGGAGGAGGAGGUGGCUGAUUUGAAGAAAAAGAUGGAGCAGGCGCGGGCGCUGUCAAAGCAGGCGAAGAAGGACAAAAGGUCCAGCAAAGUAGCAUCGGCAGCGCACGAGGACGGCCGCAGCAUAAGCCCAGAAGAGAGCAGCGCUCCCUCCGAGGCUGCAGCGAAUGGUGUAAAGCGAAAAGGGCCUCCGACGAAUGGUAGCUUGCCAGCUGGCAUGAGCGCACCUGCGGCAGCGGCUGCGGGUUUGGCGGUCAACCCCCGACCAAAGGGCUCCGAUCUAGUUAGCCAAAGGAAAAGGUUCAAGGCAGUCGAGGAGCUAAAGCCGAAACAUGCGGAUCGAUCGGUGUAUGCUUCGAUAUUCACGUCGUCGAGUCGGGACGCUAAGGAGACGUAUAUGUGCAGGUCGUUGCCACUAGGGAGGAAUUAACGUGGGUUUGAUUGAACUCGAAGGAACUUGACAGCAUACCAUUUGCAGGCGUUUAAAGGUAAAGGACGUGUGGUGUGGACGCAGCGCUCGCAACUUUCAAACUUGAGUUUUUUCUUGAGUCUGGCUUGUCUAUUGUGCACAAGUCACGAGAGUCACAGUCAUCG